AUGUUCCGAUUCUUCAUUUUCGAAGGUCUGACAUUGAGCAGGGCCAAAUGUGACCGGCAAUUACCGUGCAGCACUUGUGUGAAGCGUGAUAUUGCUGCAACAUGUACCUAUCCACCUACGAGACCGCCCAAGAGGGCUGGCGUGUCUCGACCAAGGGCUGAGAGUUCAACUGGGAUUCGAAAGAGACUGGACAGUCUCGAGCACCAAAUAAUCUCGCUGAUGGAGUCUAGCGCAGCCUCACAUCCAACCUCGCUACCCGACAACACUGAGCAAUUGUCCAAUAUGAGCCUGGACUCGUUAUGUCAAGUCCUCAACAAGACAGGCCCGUCCCCACAACCCAACUUCAAGGCCGGCAACUUGAACACUUCUACCGGUGCACCAUCCUACGUCAGCAGUACCCACUGGGUCGCCAUUCUCGACAGCAUCUCUGAGAUGAAGAAUGAAGUCCAAUCAGAGAGCGAUAACCCAUCACCACAUUCUGACGACAGCCCUGCUAGGGAUCCAGUUGAGAAGCUUGCGCUUCUCUUUGGACAUCAAGGGAACAUUUCGAGGGAGGAUGUCCUUGCUGCCAUGCCGCCUAGGCCUGUGGUAGACCGUUUGGUUUCUGAGUAUUGCACUGAUCUCGACAUGAUGCCACAUAUCGCAUGUCUUCAUACACCAACCUUUUUCCGACAGUAUGAGAACUUUUGGUCCAACCCCGAUAGCGCUUCCAUCAUGUGGCUGGGGCUCUUGUACUCCAUGAUGUGUCUAUCAGCUCAUUUCAGCCCAGCAAACAUGUUGGCCGAGCCUGACAUUGAAAACACCCAGACGCGCACCGCAAGGCCCCAGUACAUUGAUCAAGUGGUCCAAUGUCUGUCCCUGGCAGAUUACAGUCGAGGAGGCCCGUACGUUAUCGAGACACUUCUACACUACUUCACCAUCGAACACGUAAGACGGCCAGACACUGAAGUUGACACUUGGCUUGUCCUCGGUGUCAUUCUACGUCUUGCAUUGCGCAUGGGAUAUCAUCGGGAUCCAGCACAAUUUCCGAAGCUGAGUCCCAUCGAGUGUGAAAUCCGAAGACGAGUAUGGGCAGCCCUCUACAUCUCAGAUAUCAUGGUAUCGAUGCAAAUCGGAGUACCGAAAAUGGUCCAAGAGGGUCAAUGGGACACUCGUGAUCCCUUGAAUCUCGCCGACGAGGACUUUGACGAGGACACCACCGAACUACCGCCACCCAGAGGCGACGAUCACCAGACACCCGUCUUCUUCAUCAUUGCGAGGUACAGGAUGGCAAAAGUGUUGGGCGUCAUGGCCGACAUCAUAAACGCGACUCAGUACGACCCUGUCAAGGCCGCGGGAGCUGCCGGAUUACUCAAAGCCACUUACGAUUCCCUUCCCUCGGUCCUCAAGCUUGGCUCUAGUGGACCUAAUGACCAUCACCGAACCAUCCUGCAUCGAUAUAUUUUGGCUAUUCAGUUGCAUCAAGCAGAAAUGCUUGUGCAUCUUCGCUGUAUGGCGACGCCACCCCAAGAAGACGACUUUACUCGGCCGGAUAGUUCUCUCAACAUUCUGCUGAAUGCAGCUCUCAAACUUCUGGAGUAUCGUGGUUUGCUCGACCAGGAGGCACAACCAGGAGGACCGCUGUGGCCAGUGAGGUGGAAGCUUUCAUCGACUCUGGCCCACGAGUUUCUUUUAGCGACGGUGGUUCUCUCCAAGGCCCUGUUCUCGACACUGGGGCCUCAUCCACUGGUUCAAGCAGGAACAGACAUGGAAGUGCGGAUCCUGUCAACACUAAGACAGACUCACGAGCUUUGGCUUCGAUCAAAACAUCGAUCAAGCGAGGCGAGACAAGCGGCAGACUUGUUGACUUCCCUGUUUCAUGCUCUUGAUCCAACUCCUCGCAUGGUACCAACCAACCCAGAUGGGUCCGUGAUAGAUUUGGAAACAUACCUCGGAUUGAACUUGGACAGCUUAUUGCCUGGAUGGUUCUUGGACUGA